AUGCCGCUACGCCCCUCAUUCCUGGCGAGGCUGCCACAUCGCCGUUUCUUUUCUACUACACCCUCCUCCAAUGCGGAUUUUACACAUGCAGUAAUUGGUGCCGGAGUCGUCGGCCUGGCAGCUGCGCGCCAGCUCGCCGCGCGAGAGGGCACCUCGACUAUCCUUCUAGAGAGACACGAUGCACCGGGGACGGAGACAAGCAGCCGCAAUUCCGAGGCAAGCUCUGUUCAGGUCAUACACGCUGGCCUCUACUACCCCGCCAACUCCCUGAAAACAAAGCUCUGCAUCCAAGGCCGAAACAUGCUCUACGACCUAUGCUCCACCCACGACAUCCCCCACCGCAACACGAAGAAAUGGAUCGUCGCACAGACAGCCGCUCAAUGGGACGCGUGCCUGAAAGUCCACAAGCAUGCACAGGGACUAGGCGAUGCGCCCACGCGGCUGGUUUCACGGGAAGAAGCGCGGCAGCGUGAGCCCGACGUCAAAGCCGAUGCAGGGAUAGUGGAAAGUGAGACGACGGGCAUCGUGGACAGCCAUGCACUCAUGACAUAUCUACAGGGUUCGUUCGAGGAGCGCGGCGGCGAUGUCGCUUUCAAGACGCGCGUGACGAAUAUCCAGCCCCUGGCCGGUGGCGGGUAUGAAAUUACAGCCGUGUCUGAUGAGGACGGCUCCGAGACGACAAUCACCACCGAGACGUUGAUUAACAGUGCCGGACACGGCGCCUGCGCAAUCAAUAAUAUGCUUCUCCCGCCAGACCGCCACCGCGUUCCGCACUAUGCCAAGGGCACAUACUUCUCGUACGCUGCAUCACGACCCAAAACCUCCGUUCUCGUUUACCCGGCCACUGUACCAGGCCACGGCGGGCUCGGCACUCAUCUCACGCUAGACAUGGGCGGACGCAUCCGCUUCGGGCCAGACGUUGAGUGGGUGGACGACCCCAAUGAUCUCAAGCCCUCGCCGGCUCGACUGGAGCAAGCUCUCCCCGAGAUCCAGGCCUAUCUGCCGGGCGUCGAUGUGUCCGCUAUCGCGCUGGAUUACUGCGGGAUACGACCUAAGCUUGGUCGCGGAGCGGGUGUUAACGAGGGGAAGGGAUUUCAGGAUUUUGUGAUUCAGGAAGAGGAGGGUUUUCCUGGGUUUGUGAAUUUGUUGGGCAUUGAGAGUCCGGGGUUGACGAGUUGUUUGGCAAUCGGGCAGAUGGUCGAUGGCAUUUUAUACCGGUAA